AUUGCCCAACAAACAUGGCAUCGAGGAUGCGACUUCCUCGGGGCAAGAGACCAAGCUAUUUGCGAGUUCGAAGCCGCAGACUAUGGCCCAUGUUCAUGUCAAUGAACAAUCGCUCGUUGUCGCCUUGUCUGCUAAUGGGCAUUCAGUGCAAAGACAUUGCUAUGAUCGGCGUGCGGGCAGACGUGCCAGGCGUGCCCCGCGCUGGAGCAAUCGCGAAGCCGUUUUCCUGAAUCAAGGGUCCGAGUGUCUUUCGUCGUGUCUUAAUCACAGCUUUACUCCCUCCCCCUCAAUCUCUCCAUCCAUACAGCACUAUCUUUCGAGUAACAAGCGACCACGAUUGAAACAGGCGAAUGGGAGGGCGUAGAGCGCAGCAUGACGAAUGGAAGAGAGGGGUUCGGAAAGAUUGAAUAGUGCCAGUGAGGACUUCGGACUCAAUCAUCUUUAUAUGUUGUGAUGCAAUCCGACGCUUUGAAUAAUGCGAGAUCCGCUUCGUUGUCAAUUGCAUGGUCA